UGUGAUUUUGUCUAAUAAUUAAAUUUUUAUUAAGUGAGAUUAAGUUAGCUUUGAUGACUAUUUAACAUUUGAGAAACAGCUUCAGAAGAAAGCUAAAGCAACGAUUAAUUGAAAAAAAUUUUCUACAAGAUAUGUUCCGUACACCAAAGCCAACUAUGCUCGCAUCUACCGCAUCAACAGUUACAAAACGUCCAAAGCAAACACAGCAGAAUUGUCUAUAUACGUCUUACGAAUGUACACAACCUUGCUUAGAAGGGUAUAUGUAUUGCUCCAAGCACAUUCUUGAAGAUACUAAUGCACCUUAUAAACAAUGUGCUUUUGUGUACAAUACUAAUGGAAAGAAAUGUCAAAAUCCAGCACUGAAGUUAGACAGAAGAGAUAUUUCAUAUUGCACUGAACAUUCUAGAAAAGCACAAUUUGCAAGAAUCAAGUCAUCAUCGAGGCGUUCUUUACCACAAACACCUGAGAUGUUGUUACUUAAUUUAGGUCAUUAUGUCAAGCCUGCUGAUUCUAGUGCUGAGGAUACAGAAGAUGAAAAAGGAAAAAUCAAAGUUUUAGAUCCUUUCACCGAAGUUGAUGCUUAUAGAAUAAAUGCAAGUGGAAGUGACAUUUUAGAUUAUGCCAGUUCAUCGGAAAGUGAUGUUGAACCUACAGUAGUAAAUGAUACUUUGAGAGGAGUUUAUCUCGACGACAGCGAUAAUGAAAGUUUGCACAGUCCACAAGAAGAUCCUCUAAAUAUCAAUUUUUUAAGGCAUGCCGGCAUCUUCACGACAGAAGAAGUGAUUUAUAUCGCGAGAGAAAAACUUAUUAGACUUCAAUCUCUUUAUAUCGAUCAGUUUAGGAGAUUGCAGUACAUAUUAAAGGAAAAAAGACGAAAAUAUCUUCUCGCUUUGAAGAAAGAAAAAGAAACACUUUGUAGCAUACACGAUCAGCCUAAAGAAACGGUGAAAGAAAAAAAGCUUUACGAGAAACUGAAAGCUUUAAAUCGUUAUCACAGACGAAGCGGCGUUGAAGCGAUACUCUAUAGAAAAUCAUUAGAACGUCGUGCGCAGGCGACUGAACCUACACAAAAACCACCAAAUGUGUCCAAAUGUGUAUUUACCGAAGGCGGUGUAAAAUGUGGCGAAAGAACUCUUCCGUCAGCUAAACAUUGUCGUAAACAUAUUUUAAAGGAUCAACAUCAAGUUCUAUUCAAAGCGUGUGGAGCGAUACGGGCGGACAUAGAGUGUCAUGAACCUGUGCCCGUGAUCUUUGAUACUAACUGCGUGUUUCACAUGAAUCUGCCACCGCCGUGUAAAUUGGAAUCUAUGAAGUUUGAGGAAGAAAAGCUUACGCAAGAGACGUCAACGGUUGAUCAGUCGUUGGAAAUCGAUGUUGUGGGUGAGCCGCAGGAAAUUGAUCCCGACGACGAUAUGGCGGGAUUAAUGAGAGAGAUGAAUGACUCUGCUCAGAAGCCGACAUUUGCAAACGAGAGCGUGAACAGCGAAACCAGCACGGACACAGCGUUCAGUUUGUCAGCGCAGAUGAGCGAUCGGGACGAUUUCGCCACUGUAUGACAAAAUGUUCUUCAGUGAUUCGGUGAUUAAGGUAGUAUCUUUGUUGUUAUAUUGAUUCAUUGUUUGAUUAAUUAAAGAAUCAGUGUUCGGUUCCGUGGUGAUAUGGAAAUUUUCUUAAAUAUUCAGAGUGUGAUCACACAAUACCGGUGUAACUAAUUAAGUAGAACUUAUUUUCAUAUGUAACAUAAGUUUCUUGAAUCAACGAACUGUUAAUACGAAUUGAAAUUUUGAAAUCAGAUCUUGUUUUUACAUGAUAACAUAUACAUUCUGAACAUGUUGUAAUAUCAUUUUUUAUCAAGGUCAAUGAUAAGAUAAGAUAAACAAAAACACGAAUGACUUAUAAUUUUAUUACAUUAUUUAUUUAAAAUAAAAACCACGAGCAGAAAGUUUUUCAAUCUUUUAUUAGUGAAUUCUCUUGUUUCUUAGCUUUGCGCUAUGCGAGAUGAUUGACAUCGGUUUUAUCUUCGCUUAUUAAGUAUUCAGAUGUAAAAAAAUAAUAAAAAAAAAUAAAAAAAUAAAAAAACAAUUAUUAAGUAGAACGCGAACUCGUCGAACAAGACAAGCUAAAUGACAUUUCGGGUAUUUAAAUAUUUAAGGCAAUAGUUUAUAGUACCUGAUUACCUUAGAUAUUAUUCUCAAAUAUUCAGUAAAACAAAACUACCUUUGUAUAUUUGUGUAUUUAAAAAUAAAUAUUAAGUAGCAUAAUA